AUGCACUCGUGUGGCUGCUUGACUGCCUUUCGCUCGAAAAUGGAGGUGAGCGAGGUGAAGAAGCCGGUUGCGAGCUUGAAGAUCAGUGCGAUGGCUGCCGUGCUCACGACGAUGCUCACGACGAAAGGGAUGCUGAUAGUAAGAGCUGUUUCCAGGGACAUUGGAUACCAAGGGCUUCAAAAUGUGAAUGAAUUGACCGGAAGUGGUCGCUGUCACUUGCCGCAUGCCAGUGAUGCUGACACUAGUGCUCUUUUCUCCGUACGCACAGGAUGCGUCGCUGGACUUUUUCAAGGGCUUUUCACCGUUUCAGUGCACGCUGGUAGUUGUGACGUUACCGACAGAGACUCGUCAAAAGCGUCGCCCCAAUCUCUAUGCAUUGAGAACGAGACGCUUUCCUAA